AUGGACAAGAGGAGCAACAGGCAGCGCAAUGUGCUCAUCUUCGAUUGGGGAGGUGGCACCUUCGACGUGUCCAUCCUGUCCAUGGAGAAUGGCAAAUUUGAGGUGAAGGCGGUUGGUGGUGACACGCACCUGGGUGGCGAGGACAUCAAUUCUCGACUGGUGGAUCACUGUGUGGAGAAGUUCAAGCAGGCUCACAAGGGUAAGGAUUUGACCACUAGCAUGAAAGCUAUCGGCCGUCUGAGAAAGGCGUGUGAGACGGCAAAGAGGAUGUUGAGCACGGCUGAGUCCACUAAUAUAGGCAUAGAAUCGUUGUUUGAGGGCAUUGAUUUCAGUACGACCCUCGCACGGGCCUCAUUUGAGCAGUUGUGCUCGGACCUCUUCAGUCAGACGAUGGAUGCUGUGAAGACAGCGUUGAAUGAUGCGAAGAUGGAUAAGGCUGACAUCCACGAAAUAUUGCUAGUGGGCGGAUCGACGCGGAUUCCGAAGGUGCAGAGCAUGUUACAGGACUUCUUCACUACCAGCAAGUUAAACAAGUGCAUAAAUCCAGACGAGGCAGUGGCGUACGGUGCGACGUUGCUGGCUGCCAAUGUGAGUGGUGGUGGUGGUGUGUCGAAUUCGAUGCAGGAUUUGAUGUUGCUGGAAGUAACGCCACUAUCACUGGGAUGGGAGGAUGCGGAUGGUAUAAUGGUGAUUGUGAUAAAGCGAAACACGCGAAUUCCGACGAAGCAGACAUGCAAAAGCUACACAUCCAGCGAUAAUCAAAAGUCAUCGCUUUAUAAAAUUUUUGAGGGUGAACGGGCGAAGGCAAGUGAUAACAACUUUUUGGGCCAGUAUUUGAUAGAGGGUUACCCAGCGGCGCCGCGUGGUGAGAUUGAGUUUGAAGAUACCUUUGAAAUUGACGAAAAUGGCAUUCUCCAUGUGUCGUCGGUAGAAAAGUCGACGGGGAAGCAGAACAGCAUCACCAUCACUAAGUACAAGGGCCAUCUUUCGGAGGAGGAGGCAGAGCUAAUGUUGGCUGAAGCGGAGAAAUUCAAGCAGGAGGACGAGAAGGAGAGGAGUAGGGUGGCAGCGCUGAACGCGUUAGUGGACUGCAUCUACAGCAUAAAGAGGAAGUUGGAGAAGAAGGAGAUAAAGCAGAUAUCAGAGGAGUACCGACAAACUUUACUUGCGAAGUGUGAGGAGAUGAUCAAGUGGACGGACACCAAGAAACAGGCCACAAAGGAGGAGUACGAAAAAAUACGUAAACAGUUUGAGGGUGCGUGCAACUUAUAA